CCCCCUAUCCUCCUCCCGCCCCCACCCGUGAAUUGACCGCAGUUCAGAGUGAUGGCAAGUGUGCCACUCCGCACUAACGACCUCAAAGCCUUCAUUUGCCCGCCAGGAGCUCAGAUCAGAAACUACCUCGUCUUGCUCGGCUAGGUUCUAACACCUAAGGUUCUUUGAAGGGCGCCGCUGUCCGCACGUCAUAAUGGAUCCAGAAAGAGGAUCCAUUUCUCACGCCGACGAGGAUGCAUCGCAUGACCACGAUGGGGCCCCUCGAGAAGAUAGCCACGCACACCAGAACGGCCAACCAAACAGAGUCCCUGAGGAGGUUCUGAAUGAGGGCACCGAGCUGUCUGAAAAGGAGCCGCUUUUCGCCCACAAGGAAUCAAUCACGGGAGAGGACGUCUUUGACUUCAGCAAAGGAACUCGAGAAACCCAGAGUCCUGGGAACGGCGAAACACAUCUAACCUUCGAAAAAGAACCGGAAGUAAUCAAGACACUUGCCACGCAGAAGUCCUCGGACAAGGCCAUGUUCUACGGGGUCGAUGACAGACCGGCGUGGUACUUCAGCGCUGUACUCGGUCUUCAGCACUACCUGAUAGUGACAUCUGGGGCCCUGAGUUAUCCCUUCGCCUUGGCCCCGGCUCUGUGCAUGCGUGAGGAGGAUCCGGCACGGGGAUAUCUUAUCUCCACAAUUUUCUUCAUAUCUGGUAUAGGCACAAUCAUCCAGACGACGCUUGGAAUCAGGCUUCCUAUCAUCCAGGGCUGCAGCGUGACUUUCUUGGUGCCCAUCCUGGCCACCAUGGCGCUGCCUGAGUGGCGGUGCCCGACCGAGGAGGAACUCAUUGCCGCGCGCGAUCCAGAUUCGGGAAUCACGGGUCCCGCCACUGACCAGGAGUGGACGGCCGUCUGGCAGAUACGCAUGAGUGAGAUCUCCGGUGCCAUCAUUGCGUCGGCGGCGUUCGAGGUUCUACUGGGCUUCACGGGCAUUGUGGGUUUUCUGCUCCGAUGGGUGACCCCGCUGGGUAUCGCACCCUGUAUCGCCCUGGUUGGCCUGUCACUCUUCGAGGAGGCCGCUCGGCUCAGCGCCGGCAACUGGGGCGCAUCGUUAAUGAGCAUUAUACUCAUGACAAUCUUCUCGCAAUAUUUUCAAAACGUGACCAUUCCUGUUCCUGGCUGGCAGCGUGGAAAGGGCUUAAUCGUGAGGCAAUUUGCGAUCUUCAAGCUCUUCCCGAUUCUGCUUGCAAUCCUCAUCUCCUGGGGAGCCUGCUACCUGAUGACCGAAACGGAGUAUCUGCCUCCCGGUGAUCCCGCUCGAACGGACCUCCGCUCCAGUAUCAUAGAGAAAAGUCCAUGGAUACGAGUGCCGUACCCAGGCCAAUUCGGUAUGCCCCGGGUGUCGAUAGGAGUGGUUCUCGGCAUGCUUUCGGCUAUCCUCUCUUCUGUGGUGGAGUCCGUGGGUGACUACUACGCUUGCGCAAGGCUCUCACAAGUACCAACUCCACCGACGCAUGCUAUCAAUCGCGGCAUCUGGAUGGAAGGGCUAGGAUGCAUCGUUGCCGGCAUCUGGGGUGGCGGAUGCGGACUCACCUCAUACUCCACGAACAUCAGCAUCAUUGCCGUGACGAAGGUGGCCUGUCGAUCGGUGGUGCAGUGGGCAGCCGUCUUCAUGAUAGGCUUCGGUGUUGUGGGUAAGAUAGGAGCUCUGUUCGCCACCAUCCCAGAUCCUAUCAUUGGUGGCGUGUUCUGCGUCAUGUUCGCCAUGAUUGCCGCCGUCGGUCUGUCGAGUGCGCAAUGCGUUGACCUCAACUCAUCCAGGAACCUCUUCGUGCUAGGAUCAUCACUUUUCUUUGGCCUUAUGGUGUCACAUUGGACUAGUCGCAAUCCUGAUGCUAUUAAGACAGGCUAUGACGUGUUGGACCAAACUAUCGUGAUUCUGCUUAGUACGAGCAUGUUUGUUGGUGGAUUCUUGGGAAUCUUUCUCGACAACACAAUACCAGGCACACCCGAAGAGCGGGGCCUGGCCUCCGGAGGCCAUCAUGGCAACGUCGGCGGCAGUGCCGAGGCCACGGACUCCCCAAAAGACUGCUACGACUUGCCCUUCCUGAGGGCGCGUCUGGCGAACGCCGCUUUCUCGUACCUGCCCAUCAGCCCAACUUACAGCAAUGCUGCUCUACUGCAGAGGAUCACGCCCAAGUUUGUGCGUUCCCUCUCACGGAGAUCCAAUAAGGCCGCCAACGAGGCCUGAUAUACCGGAGACACAAUGGCCAGGCUCAAGAAACACCAUCGUCCUCACCCUCCAGCACUUGCACCUUCAUUACGCAUCUUGUGCAACUGGAGCACACACACCUGGCCGCCACCUCUAGCUGCUAUUACGCGCGUAUCGCGAUACACUAGGGUUCGAGAUCUAAUCGGCGCGCCACGAACCUCGAUUGUACCUACCGGUGAGAACUUGCGCAAAAGGGCACAACCGAAGCGAAGAGGGUAAUGUAUACGCUUCGAAGUUACAAUGCGAAAGGUGAAAAAACGGCCCGUUAACGUCAUUCGCACGUCGUAGUAAGUGUGCAUGUAUACGCAUUAUUGAAAUUGGGAAACUAUUUUUCACCAGACGUUUACUGCAAUUCUGACGCUGGGCUUGUCUUCCAGAUGUUGCGAAGGUGCACUUCGCGGGCCGUAAUACAAUGACGUGCCCGGUAAAUCGAAUUUAAUGCGCACGCAUACAAAGACACCCGCACUCCUGUACAUGCGUAGAAGCCGUGCAUUCUACUCACCAUAUAGAGCAGUCGUACAUUUCAUUGAAUAUUGUGCACUUGGCGGUCUUUUGUAUUACAGUCACUGUGACGUUUGCCAUUCCUCAACCAAACGCGCCUUGAUCUUUGAGCAGUGCGUUAUUGCGAAACUACUGUAGUUGAAAUUCUCCCGGCUGGCCGCGUUACCACACCACACUGCCAGUCCAGCUGUCGUUUCUGUUUGUCGAGUUGCACACAAUAUUGAAGUCAUUGACUCCAGCAAAAAUUGUGGUACGUUAACAAUAAAAUUACCCAUCUGAAUGUGGGCUUCGCCCCGUUGGGUUAUCACUCGCCAACUCA